AUGGGAAUAAAAAAUUUAACUAAAUUAUUAAAAGAAAAAUGUCCAAAUGCAAUAAAAAAUAAAACAAUAAAAAGUUUAUCAGGUCAUAAAGUAGCUAUUGAUGCAAGUAUUUAUCUUUAUCAAUUUUUAAUUGCUAUAAGAACUAAUUAUGGAACAUUAAGUGUAACAGAUAAUGAAAAUGAAGAGAGUACUACUAAUCAUAUUCUUGGAUUUUUUUAUAGAACAAUAAAAUUAUUAGAAAAUGGAAUAAAACCUGUUUAUGUUUUUGAUGGAGAACCUCCUAAGUUUAAAAAUGAAGAAAUAAAAAGAAGAAAAGAAUUAGUUAUUAAAAAUGAAAAUUUAUUAAAGUAGAUAGAAGCAGGAGAAAUAGAAGGAGAUAAAGAAAAAAUAGUUAAAAGAACUAUAAGAGUAGAAUAGAAACAUGUGGAUGAUAUUAAAAAAUUAUUAACUCUUAUGGGUAUUCCUAUAAUAAUUGCUCCUAGUGAAGCUGAAGCUCAAUGCGCUUAUUUAUGUAAAAAUAAUUUAGUAGAUUAUGUUUUAACUGAAGAUAUGGAUGUAUUAACUUAUGGUUCUCCUAAUAUUAUUAGAAAUAUAAGUAAAGGUUUAUUUAAUAAAUCAAAAGAAACUCUUCAAAUAAUAUUUUUAAAUGAUAUUCUUAAAGAAUUUAAAUUUUCCUAUAAUCAAUUUAUAGAAUUAUGCAUAUUAUUAGGAUGUGAUUAUUCUUCUUUUAUAGGUAAUAUAAUUGGAAUAGGAAAAAUUAAAGCUUUAAAUUUAUUAAUAAAAUAUAAUACAAUAGAAAAUAUUUUAAAAAAUUUAUCUAAAAAAUAUAAUACAGAAAAUUUUAAUUAUUUACCUAUUAUAGAUUGA